AUGGGCCAUGGGAGUAGCCCGAGUAACGUUGGAGGAAUACGAUGGCUCGCAGGUCUGGACAUUCCCUCUGCCGUCAAUAUCGGUCGUCUCCCGGACGAGGAUGACGCGCCGGAGCCCGGUGGUGUCGAGAACUUGUCCCUCCCAAGAAUGUCGAGGAAUGAGUCGAUCUCGCCUGUGGAGUGA